UUCGCUUGUGAAAGAUGCCUCCCCUGUACCUCUUAUGGAUGUUACCAACUUGUCUACACCUCGAAAGUUCCUUGAAACUUCCCAGUUCAGUACUCCUGGAGGCAGCGGCAUGCGAGAGACAAACCUUCUGGAAAUUAAAGAAGAUACGGAACUGGAUCCAGAGGAGAACAGCGCUGUGUUCAUGGGCAUCCUCAUCAAAGGGCUGGCCAAGCUGAAAAAAAUCCCGGAGACGGUGAAAGCCAUCCAGGAUCGCUUAGAACAAGAACUCAAGCAGAUUGUCAAGCGCUCCACAACCCAAGUGGCCGACAACGGUUACCAGAGAGGGGAAAAUGUUUCCCAGGAAAACCAGCCUAGGUUACUGCUGGAACUGCUGGAGCUGCUCUUUGACAAGUUCAACGCUGUGGCUGCUGCACACUCUGUGGUCCUUGGACACCUUCAGCAAACAGUGGCCUCUCCUUGCAGCCAGUAUGAUGGUGAUGUCAAACUCUAUGACAUGGUCGAUGUGUGGGUGAAGAUCCAGGAUGUCUUGCAG